ACUAGCGGUUGUUGAGGUCUCUGUGUUUCUGUUGUACUUCGUUCAACUUUUUGUUGUUUUAUUUUCUUCAAUUAUAUGAAGCUAAAUGACACAACGAUUCUGAAAUAGCUAGGCUCUUUUUGCAUGACACUAUUUAGGGAUAAAGGUGAUGGUUUUUCGAUUUAAGGAACAAGUGUAUGCGAAAGUAUUGUCACAGUGGGACUUGAACUUGCACGAAAUUUCGUCCACGGAGUCCGACACAGUGUAUCAAGACUGGGGAGAGGUCGAGAGGCAGAGUCUCAUCGUUGGUGUUGAAGCAAUCAGAGGCAAGGCAGAGGUCAAGGGCUUGUCUGGAAGCGGGACACGCCCUAAGUGGCGGAGAUGACGGUCUCUACCUGCUGCACCACCUGGACCAAACUCCCUCUCUGGUGGCUUGUGAUAAUGGUCGUUGCUGGACAGACCGUAAUGGGGGGGGACCAUCCGGAGGGACCCUGUGGGGGGCGGGACUGUUCCACCUGUCAGUGUUUCCCUGCCAAAGGAGCCCAGGGUGUUCCAGGAGUUUUAGGACGACAAGGGCCACAGGGGCCACCAGGGUUCCCGGGCCCCCAGGGGCCUCUAGGAGAGAAGGGAUAUCGAGGAGAGGAGGGCUUCCCUGGCGUAUCUGGACCGAAGGGAGAUGUGGGUACUGCUGGCGUACCAGGAUAUCCUGGACUAGAUGGUGUCCCGUGCCGGGGGCGUGUUCCUGGUCUACCAGGGCUUGAUGGCUGUAACGGGACCAGAGGGGACACUGGUUUCCCUGGAAUCCAUGGUCUGGACGGGCCUGAUGGGGGAGCGGGUUUCCCAGGGAUCAAAGGUGUGCCAGGGGACCCCACCGUUCAGUUCAUCCAGUACUCUGGUAUACCUGGUGAUGUCGGCCGUGUUGGGGUUACUGGACUGCCUGGCUUCCAAGGCAUUAGCGGCCCUAGGGGACCUACUGGACCAGUUGGUUUGGAUGGAUCAAAUGGUUUAACUGGUUCACCUGGCCUGAGAGGUCCACCUGGAGAAAAAGGAAGAUCAUUGCCAGGACAGAAAGGAGAUGAAGGAGACCAGGGUACCCAAGGACCCCCAGGACCCUUUGAGUUUGUGGACCCCCCAGAAGACUUCUACAUCAAAGGAAGCCAGGGGAGGAGAGGUGUGAAGGGAGAGUGUGGACCAAGGGGAAGUGAUGGAUUCGACUCGUUGACAGGAAUAAAAGGAGAAAAGGGAAUCAUCGGAUUUCCUGGAGUCAGGGGUCUUCCUGGAUAUCCUGGCUUCCCUGGGCCACCUGGUGUAAAGGGGAUUCUCGGGAGCCCUGGCCUACCUGGUCUGAUAGGAACAGAGGGACCCAAGGGGUUCCAAGGAGAUCUAGGUCCCAAAGGACAGACAGAGUUCAGGCCGGUAAAUUAUACAGGUAAGAGCUUUGUAUUCAACAUAUACAGUCCUCUGUACACCAUUGACCCUUUGGUGACGUCGUAGUAGAUUAAUACUCUUACUAACCCAUGGAUGUUACUGUGUCUUAGCUUUACAUUAGACUCCUAGAAUGUGUUUUCUCAAGCAUGGAACCUGACAUAGUGAUAUGAGUGAUUUAAAAACAAAUGUUCUCACAACUGGAUUUUCCCAGGCAAAAAAAACAAACACAUAGCAGACUGAACUCCAUGGUCCUCUAAGAAUCUACGUUAUGUUAAAAAAAAACACUGCAUGCUGGCAUGGUCAAUAGCCCAUUUAACAUUCUCCUCUUCCAUUUAGUUGCUCCCUCUCUCCAUCGGUUCAGUUCCACUUCAAGAAUGGUGACAAACAUGAUAAUGGCAUUUCAUUUAGCGCGACGACUACAUUGGAAAUAAGUGUUGUAUAAUGCUUUCAUGUGUUAUCCUCGGGUCUUUGUACUGUUUAAAUGUACAAUGUUUUAACCCCCCAAAAUAAAUAGGCAAUCGAAUCAAAUUACAUUUGCGGGUGGAAACUGGUGGAAGACAUGAUUUCUGUAACACUCCCUUGACUCAUCUUGAUCUCUACUGAGACCUCACCCGUAAGGAAACUGAUGGGAAAGACUGAUUGACUAAACGAUUAAAGGAGAAUGGGACUUUGUGGGCAUAUUGUGUGUGUGUUCUGGCAUGAUGUCAUCAUUGUUUUUCCCCUUGGCAUGACAUCAUCAUCGUGUGUCUUGUGGGUCGUGGUGUGUGUUACAUGGCCGUCGUACAGCUUG